CUUUUUCUGUUUUCAGCUAAGCAGCAGCCAUGAUUCCUAGCUCACUCAUCACAGUCACCAUCAUCCUUCUAUCACUACACACCAUCACAGCAGAAGAAGGAUACCUUCGCUACGUCAAAGAUGGCUGCUUCCUCCGCGGCGAAGCACUUUCCUGCGUUAAAUACAAAGCUUUAAAAGUAGCUAAGAAGACUCUUUUUGGUGAUGAUAUCAAUGGCAAUGAAACUAUAAAAGCAAACAAUGUAAUCAGCUUUGUACCUUUAAAUCAAGAAACUGUAGAGAAGCUAAAUAUAAAGAAGGAAGAAUUGGAAGUGAGUGAACCGAGAGGGUUUUUAUCAGAAUGGGCGGAACUGACGAAGUAUGCUGUGAAGGUUGUGAAGGAGUUCUUCAGGAUGAAGGGGAUGAAGGUGAAUUUGCCGGAGGGAGCGAGGACUAUUGAGGAGGAAGAUGUGGAUGUUGAUGAUGGUCGCGGUCGCAGAAAGAGACUGGCCGUCGUUGUCCCCCUCCUAACCCUCCUAGCAGCGUUGAAGACGAAGCUCCUCCUCAUCCCGAUCCUCCUAGCAGUUCUCCUCAUCAAGAAACUCCUCCUGAUUGCCGCUCUACUCCUGCCUGGUCUCCUGAGCACGCUUAGGGCUUGCAAGCAUCAUCAGAUGCCAAGCUACUCAUUUUUCGGCAGCAGUGACUCUUCAGACUUCAACUCCGACUACGGUAGCUAUGCGUACUCCUCAGGAAAUGGUUACUCUAAGGACUGGGCGGCAAAUAGGGCCUAUAACAUGCAGAAAUCUAGGCCCACUCCUGCCCCUAUGUAUAUCACUGCGCCUGGCGGUGUAGCAUAGAAUAAAAUGAUAUUUAUUUAAGAAAAAAAAAACUAUGUUCCUGACUGGUGGGUCAAAGUGUAAUUUUUAUAACAGGCAUUAUUUUAUGAACAUGGUGGGCUGGUUGUGACAAAUCAAAUAUUAUAUUUUGUUUAAUUUUACAUAGUCUUUAUUAAUCAAUUAUCAAUUAUUUAUCCGUGAUAACUACAAAUAAACAAGUGCAAAAACAGAAACAGCAAAUAAAAUAAAUUAAGACAUAUUAGUUACCACGAAAUGGUUCUGACUCAGCAUAAAUGCUAGCCCGACAUCCGCUACCCCUUUCUUUGUCUCAAAAACACAAACGCAUGACCACACACCGGCACACAUCGGUGAAGUCACGCGCGAGUUAUCCGCCGAUUCGAGCAAUUUUUAAAUUAUGGAAUUUCAGGAACAUUUUUGUUAAUUUUUUUUAAUGCGAUCUCUAGAAGUUUUUAUUUAAUAAAACAGGGGUAAAUAAAUAAAAUAACAGGUACACUUUUUUGUUCUGCUAUAUAACCACUUUCUUAAAUAUUGUCUGUUAUAAAAAUUACACCCUGUAUAUAAUUGUAUAUAAAUGCAGACCAUUUUUGGUAUGCUGGUGUUGGUAAAUUAUAUAGAAAAUACUUUUUAACUUAUCA